UCCAGAGAGAGAGUGUGUGCAUGUGAAGAGAGAGUUUCCGUCCACUGCCAUGGCGAGUCAUUCCAAACCCUAAAUAUUUCAGCCAUGGCAAAUUCCAUCAAACACUAGUUUUGAAGUAAUGGCUGCAAUAGCCACUUGUUUCACUGUAGCACCAAAAGACCGCCAUUGCACUCGCUUCUCUUUCUAUCUCAAGUCCCCAGUUAUCUGUUGUCACCCUCAUCUACGUAUCCCAUUUUGCAUGGACAAUUCAAAGCUUAAAAAGACUGGGGCUUUGGUUUGCAGAGAGUUGCAGAGGUUGAGGAGUUCGACAACCAUUUGUAGAGCUGGACUUGAGAGUGUCCGGCCUGGUAAGAAAGUGGAGAGCGAUGGAUUGGCAUCUGAUGUGAGGAACCGAGCAAUGAGAGCAAUUGAUUCUUGUGGAGGAAGAGUCACGAUUGGAGAUGUAGCGAGCAAGGGUGGACUCAAGCUCGAUGAAGCUGAAAGGGCUCUGCAAGCUCUAGCAGCUGAUACAGGAGGAUUCUUAGAGGUCUCAGAUGAAGGUGAUGUACUUUAUGUUUUCCCAAAAGACUACCGAUCGAAACUUGCUGCAAAAUCUAUUAAGAUGACAGUUGAACCAUUUCUGGAUAAGUCAAAGGCUGCAGCUGAGUAUGUGAUCAGGGUUUCCUUUGGGACUGCACUAAUUGCGUCAAUUGUUCUUGUGUACACAACAAUCAUUGCACUCAUUUCUACUAGAAGUGACGAAGAUAAUCGCGGGAGACGAGGAGGAAGAUCCUACGACUCGGGGUUCACUUUUUUCAUACGCCCAUCUGAUUUAUUUUGGUAUUGGGAUCCGUACUACUAUAGGAGGCCACGGACAAGAAAAGAAGAUGGGAUGAACUUUGUUGAAUCUGUUUUUUCAUUUGUAUUUGGUGAUGGAGAUCCAAAUCAAGGGAUAGAAGAAGAGAGAUGGAAAUUGGUUGGACAAUACAUAGCUUCAAAUGGAGGGGUUGUCACUGCAGAAGAGCUUGCACCGUUUCUUGAUGUAUCACAAACAGAUGAAUCAAAGGAUGAUGAAUCAUUCAUGUUACCUGUGCUAAUACGUUUUGAUGGCCAUCCAGAAGUAGACGAGGAGGGGAACAUUUUGUAUCAAUUUCCUUCACUACAACGAACGGCAUCAUCCCAAAGCCGUGGUAGAAAGGAGUUUGUUGGAAAAAGAUGGAAUGAGUGGGUUGGUGGGGUUGAAAAGUUUUUUGAGGAGAAGAGAUGGCAAUUUAGCAAAAUAGGGAACUCGGAAAAGGUUAUGGUCAUUGGUCUGGGAGGGCUCAACCUUGCUGGAGUCAUCAUUCUGGGUGGCAUGUUAAAGAAUAUCACACUUACCCAGGGGGGAUUGAUUUCAUUUGUAACAGAUGUAUUUCCUUUACUUCAGAUAUAUGCAGCCUCUUUCUUUGCAAUUCCACUGUUCAGGUGGUUUCUAGUUCGCAAGAGGAAUACAGAGAUUGAUAAGAGGAAUAAGGCUAGAGAACAAAGAUCCAGAGUAUUGGAAAUGCCAGAUUUAUCUCUCAGACGUAAAUUGCUGAGUGCUCGUGACAUGGCGAAGCAAACAGUAAUUGGGUCAGAUUGCAUUGUGUACAGUACAGACAAGGAUUUCUCCGAGCAAGAUUAUGAAGCUAAAGAAUGGGAUCGUCAAUUUAGAGAAUUGGAGAGAUCAGAUUAGCCGGGUGAGAAUUAAAUGAUACAUUCACUGUGCGGCCUUUCUUUUAGACUGCCCAUCAAUUCAGGGCCUUGCAACUGCAUAUAUGACAGAGAGAGGGAAAGGGGCGCAGAGGAGGGAGGGUUGUCUAUAAAUUCAACACUGAUGGACAGAGAAAAGAGCAAAGCCGAUCAAUUAUUUGUGCAUGUGUGGAAAUGAGUUCAAGGUUAGGUGAUCAGGGUGGUGGAGUGCCAUAAUAUGACAUCUUAAGUUUCAAUUCUUAUUGCGGAUAGAGACCCUUUCCCACUGAACUAAAAAAAAAGGAAAGAAAAUUAUUGGCUCAUGGGUUGAGCAUUUUUUCUGAAAAUUUCUGCACAUAUUUUCCUCAAUCGGAGAUUGUAUGAGUUAUGAAAAGAAAAAGACAGUGGAUAAUUAAGUUACAGCCUUGUAUUUAUCUCCGACAUUGUAUUUAUAAUCUUUUAUUUGUAGUAUGUUAUACCCGUUUUAUCCAUCAAUAUAUUAUAUACCCAUAUUGCCGCCACAUAGUUCAGCAGAAGCCUAGAGUCUUGGAACAAAUGGGUAUUUUGGUCGUUUUUGUC